GCAAUUUUAUCCAUUUGCAACUCGCCCGAAAAAAAAACUCGUCGGAAUUUUACAGAGAAUCACGCUCGCCGGAGAAGUAUAUACCACCGUCGUUGCAAUUGGCAGUGCAAAUUCUCUUCCUUUUCUCUCGUAAAUAAACUAAUGCUCGUUGCAGUUGAAAAAUGUUGUUGAAUCUUCGUUUAGAUGGAAGUAGCUUACAUGUUCUCUGUUCUACAAAAACCUUACCGAUUUCGCCUCUCGAUAAAUUCCCAUCCGUCAAGAAAGUGAAGCAGAAUUACGUACCAGGAACUCACGAAAGUGACAAGGGACUACAAAGAAGCACCAGACAUGGUGACCGAGGUUGUGGUACUGUUGCUCAUGAAGUUGUCGCCGGAAAAAACUUACUUUUCGUAAACCCAGGUAAUGGUUGCGUCGGAAAAUCAAGUUUUAGUGAUGGGUUUGUUGAUAGGAGAGGUAAAGAUGGCGGAUUUGGUGGGAAUGGUAUGGUUGGUAAAGUGCACACCAAGUGUUCGACGAAACGUCUGAGUUACGGAGGAUGUAUUCCUGCUAUUCUUGAGGCUUUGGAUUGUAUUGAGGAUGUUGAAGAUGCGUUGAGUCCGUGGGCAGAGAGGCUUAGUAACAAGGAGAGGACGAUUAUAUUAAAGGAGCAGAUACGGUGGGAGAGAGCGGUGGAGAUUUUCGAGUGGUUUAAGAGUAAGGGUUGUUAUGAAUUGAAUGUGAUUCAUUAUAAUAUCAUGCUUCGGAUACUUGGGAAAGCUUGUAAAUGGAGGUAUGUGCAGAGUUUGUGGGAUGAAAUGAUUAGGAAAGGUAUCAAGCCGAUUAAUUCGACGUAUGGGACUCUUAUCGAUGUUUAUAGCAAAGGCGGGCUUAAAGUACAUGCGCUUUGUUGGCUAGGGAAGAUGAGUAAGAUUGGGAUGCAGCCUGAUGAAGUUACGACGGGGAUUGUUCUUCAAAUGUAUAAAAAGGCAAGAGAGUUUCAAAAAGCAGAGGAGUUUUUCAAGAAAUGGUCGUGUGACGAAAACAAGCUGGAUUCACAUGUUUGCUUGAGCUCUUAUACUUACAACACGAUGAUUGAUACGUAUGGUAAGUCCGGUCAGAUAAAAGAGGCUUCAGAGACGUUCAAGAGGAUGCUAGAAGAAGGGAUUGUUCCAACCACAGUGACUUUUAAUACCAUGAUUCAUGUUUAUGGCAAUAAUGGUCAGCUUGGUGAAGUCACUUCUUUGAUGAAAACAAUGAAGCUUCAUUGUGCACCUGAUACAAGAACAUAUAACAUUCUGAUUUCACUUCACACGAAGAACAAUGAUAUAGAAAGGGCAGGGACCUACUUCAAGGAAAUGAAAGACGCUGGGCUUAAACCGGACCCUGUAAGUUACCGCACCCUCCUCUAUGCAUUCUCGAUUAGACAUAUGGUUGAGGAAGCUGAAGGGCUUAUAGCUGAGAUGGAUGAUAAUAAUGUUGAGAUUGAUGAGUAUACACAAUCUGCUCUCACUAGAAUGUAUAUAGAAGCAGAGAUGCUUGAGAAAUCAUGGUCAUGGUUCAAAAGGUUUCAUGUUGCGGGUAAUAUGAGUUCUGCAGGCUAUUCAGCCAACAUCGAUGCAUAUGGUGAGCGUGGAUAUUUAUCAGAAGCCGAGAGGGUAUUUAUCUGCUGCCAAGAAGUGAAUAAGAGAACAGUUCUUGAGCACAACGUAAUGAUCAAAGCGUAUGGAAUCGGGAAAAGCUGUGAAAAGGCGUGUGAGUUAUUUGAGAGCAUGAUGAGUUAUGGGGUCACACCGGAUAAGUGUACAUAUAAUACUCUCAUCCAGAUCCUUGCGAGCGCCGACAUGCCUCAUAAAGCCAGAUGCUACCUGGUGAAAAUGAGAGAGACGGGAUAUGUGAGCGAUUGCAUACCUUACUGCGCUGUGAUUUCGAGCUUUGUGAAACUGGGUCAGCUCAAUAUGGCAGAGGAAGUGUAUAAAGAGAUGGUUGAGUACAAUAUCGAACCUGAUGUUGUUGUUUAUGGAGUUCUGAUCAAUGCUUUUGCGGAUACUGGAAACGUUCAGCAAGCUAUGAGUUAUGUAGAAGCGAUGAAAGAAGCUGGAAUUCCGGGAAAUUCUGUUAUAUACAAUUCUCUGAUCAAGCUCUACACUAAAGUCGGGUACUUAGAUGAAGCUGAAGCAAUAUACAGAAAGCUUCUUCGAUCGUGUAACGAGACACAGUAUCCGGAUGUAUAUACAUCAAAUUGUAUGAUCAACCUGUAUAGUGAAAGAUCGAUGGUGAGAAAAGCAGAAGCUAUAUUCGAAAGCAUGAAACAGAGAGGAGAAGCAAACGAGUUUACCUUUGCGAUGAUGUUAUGUAUGUACAAGAAGAACGGUAGGUUUGAAGAAGCGACUCAGAUAGCAAAACAGAUGAGAGAGAUGAAGAUUCUAACUGAUCCGUUGAGUUAUAACAGCGUUCUCGGUUUAUUUGCUUUAGACGGAAGAUUCAAAGAAGCUGUUGAGACUUUCAAAGAGAUGGUUUCAUCCGGAAUUCAACCCGAUGACUCGACAUUCAAAUCACUUGGAACCAUUCUGAUGAAACUCGGGAUGUCGAAAAAAGCUGUUCGUAAGAUCGAAGAAAUUAGGAAAAAAGAGAUUAAGCGAGGAUUAGAAUUAUGGAUCUCAACUCUCUCAUCUCUUGUUGGGAUUGGAGAUUGCGACGACGACGAGCUUUAGUGUUGAAAAGUUUUGGUAGAUUUUUAGCUGUGUCUCUAUGUAUAUAAAAACGGUUAAAAAGACAAUGAAGCGGGAGAUUUGAU